GGACCAUCACUCAACCCUUUGUAAGAUUCCUGAUAAAAACAACUACUAAUCCAACGUGCUUUAAGUUAAUCACCUAAAGAGUAUUAGCACUAAUCAUACUAUAAAAUACAUUUGAAUUUUGAUCUCUAUCAAAAGUCAAACACAACCCACCAAAAUGGAUGAAGAACAACAACAGGAAGCAGCAAAGGAUUUAAUCAGUGAUUUGCCUGAUGCUAUCCUUCAUCUAAUUCUCUCUCUAAUCCCAAUAAAAUCCGUAAUCACAGCUUCAUUAAUUUCCAAACGAUGGAGAGGGAUUUCUGCUGAUCAUCUUGAAUAUGCCAUCAUCUUAGACUUUGGAGAAGAGUUUGCCAAACAUCAGACACCAAAUGAGUUUUCUGAAAACCUUAACAGAAUCCUCAUCAUCAACAAGUCUGAUAAAAUAGACAAGUUCAAGCUGUUGUUCAGCCCGAGAAAUGAAGAACACAAGUCCAAAGCCAUAAGUUGGAUUAGAUUUGCAACCUAUAGAGGUGUUAAAGAGAUUGAUUUGGAUUUCUGCAGGCAAAUUCAUAUUCACUUCUUGUCAAAAACCCAUGUUGUUAACAAGAAAGAGGCUUUCGAGUUGCCAGACUUCUUUUUCGAUAGCAGUACACUGAUAACUGUUAAACUGAGGCGCUGCAUUUUAAGCCUCCCAGAAAAGUAUACAGGUUUUGGUGGGGUUAAAACACUAUGCCUCAAAGAAGUUCAUGUAACUGACAGUAUGCUUGAAAGUCUUCUAUGUACCUGUACACUGCUUGAAGUUCUUGUUCUGAAGGAAUGUGGAUCACUGAGUUCUAUCAGAAUACUCUCUUCUUCGCGUCUUCAAAGGCUGACAGUUUACGAGUGUUACAAUGCCUCGAUCCUUGAGAUUUCUGGCCCAAACAUUCAGUCCCUUUUUAUAAGUGCAGGUCACUUAGAUUCUUGUAAAGUGGAAGAUAUGUUAGUUUUGGAGGAGGUAUUUAUUGGUACUCGAGGGGAUGAGUUUGGUGGAGUUUUCUAUAUUUUCAUGAAGAUCUUGUCAGAUCUUGCACAUGUCAGAUCUCUUACCUUAUACCUUGGACACCUCGUGCCGAGUUUGAUCAAAGACUUUCAGGUGAAAUUCAGCAAUCUGAAGGAACUACAGCUUGUUAACAGCCCAUUAUUUGGACUGUUCAACUCUGAUGUUUACUGCUUCUUUAAGCAUUGCAGUUGUCCUUCUUUACAGACGAUCUCCAUAGAACUUUCAAACGUGGCUCAAGAGGAAAACUUCAUCUGGGAAUACCGGAAGCCAAAUAUCACGCUUGUUGAAUGUGUUUUUAACAAUCUGAGGACUGUCAAGUUGUGCAAAUUCAGAGGAACUAGUUCAGAUAUUGAACUUGCAGCAUAUUUCUUGCAAAGAGCACCAAUUUUGGAAUCAAUGAUUCUUGUUUCGCCCCAAAGUUUGAAUGUUAAACCAUUAACAGUAACAAAGGAAGAUGUUUCUUGUUCAACAUCAAAGGGAAAUGAGACAUUGAUGCAAAAGGCAAUAUAUGAGAUGCUUCGCCAUCAUCCUAAGGCAUCGGAAAUAGCUGAGAUCAGAGUAUGUGACAGUGAUGAACGCGACAGUUUAUUAUCAUUUUUCAGACGGCAUCAUGUUUCUGAUGUAUAUAACAAAUAAUUUUGAAUGAGGAAGUCAAGAGCUGGUUGGAUCUGCUUUGGUUACAUUUUGGAUGCAAACAAUGUGUAUUAAUGUUGUACAUAAGCCAAAUUCUCCUAUGUAUGCCUUGUUGAUGAAUUUUAAGAUAUGUUCUCUUCACCUGAAAUUAGAUGAUCUAGCCUGAAUUUUAA